AUCGUCUAAUAUCCCAUUUCCAGUAGUGGGCGUUCAGCCAGCCCAAACCAAACAGAACAAGGGGGAGUCGCAGGAUUAUACCAAUUUAAAAGACACGUUUGGGGCAUGGAGAGCCCUGUAGGUCAGUUCUAAAAUUAGAGGCUGCUCCGCGACAGCAGCCAAAAAACUGCGAUGCGUAAAGUCACGUAAACCAGGGGAGACACUGUCACACGGGCUGGCAGUAAAGACAUGUUGUCAUGGCUGACAUUUAACGCCACACGUUGACGAGAGAGGCUCGAGCAGGAUCGACACUCGGCACUGCUGCGCAAAUAAUGAGUAUUUAGUAGUGCAUGUGUUCUGGAGACGCCAUAGUACUUUCAUCAGCGCACAGCUUCCAUGACUGAACACUUCUGCAACAAUGUCUUUUUUAUCCAUACCAAGCGAAGAGGGCCUUUUUACCACGAUUAAAACCGGCAAAUCGGCCGAGGAGGCAGUCUGCAGGUCCCACUUGAACGACGACUAUGAUGAGGAUGAUGAGGAUGAUGAAGACGACAACGCCGAAGACGUCCGCCUCAUCCCGAGAUGCUCCCCGGUGCCCAGAAAACGAGGCCACUCCAUCCACGACGAGACCGCUGAGUACAUGCGCAUGCAUUUCGCGCUGCCCGCCGGAAAGAGAGUGUUUUUUGCCGACACAACAGGUGGGGAUCUGGUGGACGUGAAGGAAUUUGUUGCCUUCGAUUUGGACGAUGAAAAGGAAAGUGCCAGGUGGGAGGAAGAGGAGGCGAAGUAUCGAAAGCCACAGCGACAACCGAGCUAUCGCGUGCAGCCAGAGUUUAACGCGCCCGCCGCCGGUGCUCUGCUCCAGGCGGUGCACUGCAAUAAAGUGGAGGUCGAGCAGAUGUCUACAGCAGAGACUGAGCCACUUGCCUUCAGUGGGGUGAUACGGGUCCUGAACGUCUCCUUCCACAAAGCAGUUUACAUCAGAUCCACCAUGGACAGCUGGGCUACUUACUUUGACCACCCAGCAGAGUAUGUCCAGGGAUCUCAUGAUGGAAACACUGAUCAGUUCUCCUUCAAGCUGUCUUUUGCACCACCUUACACCACACACGGCUCACGCAUUGAGUUUGUUGUCCGGUAUGAAACCUCUGAUGGCGAUUACUGGGCUAAUAACUCCUCUAUGAAUUAUGUGGUCACUCUGCUUCUGUCCUACGAAGACGAUUCUACUCGGACAAACAACGACUUGCAGCAGGUUCGAGGUAUCAUGAGACCCCCAACAGAUUACAGUAUGAAUGAUGAUUUUGAUUCAGAGGACGAGCAGGAAAAAGACGAAGCAGAAGAAGCACGGACCUCCAGGUCUGGACUUUUCAGACCGACAGCUGUCUGCCCGGUCAUCGUGCACCCGGAGAUUGACAUCGAGAUUGCGGUUCACCCAUCUGGUCCCCGUGUCCCACCGAACCCACAGCUCCCAUCUGUUGAUGGCUCACUGUCCGCUCGCACUGUAUCCCCAGGUGAACAAUCCCCUUACACGUCUUCCGAAACGACGCUUCAAACGAGUUCAUCCUUUGUACUCUGUGCCAGUGCAUCGGCCCAGCUAAAAAAGUCGCAGCCUUUACCCAGACUCCACUGUGAAUUAGGCAACCAAACGUCAGACGUGCCCGCGGAGCGUAGUCCCCGAGCGCCGCUGCCGGCUUCGACUCCCUCUCUGCCACGCGAGUCGAGGCCGAGAUCAGACAGCUCCCAGGCGGGCGGAGAGGAAAUCCCUCCCUCCGAGGCCUCGCGCGUUUAUCUUCCCACCGCAGGGACAAAUCUGUGGCCAACAACAGUAGAGGUCGGAUUGACCCACAGCCCGGUCAGCCACCUUUGUCUCGAACUGCCCGCUGAGUGCGCCGCGCCUCCCGCUGCGACUCGAGGCCCUGAGCGAGAGGUCGCAGUGGGAUUGAGCGAACCGGCUGCAGGAUUAUCAGAAGGUUCCACCGGGUCCGCAGCGAAUGAUGAAGGCAGUGCGGCUGAGCUUUUGUCCCCCGUGGCAGAGAGCGAGGCAUCUCUGGGAGCAGAAGGUGAAACUCCGGCGCCACCCGAACUCCGAGAGAACGUGGGGCCAAACUCGGCACGCCAGUCUUCCUUCGCCUGGGAAGGGAAGAAAGAUGCCGCCCCGAUUUCCCCCGACGCAUUAUUAUCCGAGAAUCUACCAAACACGCCGUCAGAGGGUUCUGAGAUUAGGAAUCUGAUGCCAUCCAUCGUCUUUCUGAGUGCAGUUGUCUCCCUCUCGGUAGUGUUGCAGGAACCCAGUGCCCUCUUCAUAAUCGGACUGGUUUGGGUCCUGCACCGUUUUUGAUCAUGCCACAAAAGUUCAUUCUGAUCUGUUUUCAAGUCAAGUGCCUUUUCAUGACUCCAGAAUAAGCCAACAAGUUAAAAAAAGAAAAAAAUCUAAAACACCAAAAAAAGUCUCCUGUUGAAGUUGUGUGUCACUGUGUGAGUUUAUAGACGAGUACAUGUUCUGCUCAAAUGAAAGGGUGCGAGGAAAACAAUGUUUCCAUGCAAGGUCCAAUGAGCAAGGAGAAAGUAAUUACACAAAUAUUGCAAAUAUGUUUAUGUGAAACAAGUACGAGGUAAUGGAACAGUAGUCAGUUAUUACCCCACUACUACGACAACAUUGUGAUCACUCUGAUACAUAUAUAUGAUCUAUUAUUAUAUAUUAUAUUAUGUAUUAUUAUAUUGCACAGUAUAUUUUUUGUACGUGGUCUGUGAUUACAUUUGUCUUGUCAUGUUGAGAUGGUGUAUGUGGUGUUAUAUUCAGAUUUGUUCAGUCAGUCCUAUAAUACAUGUUUCCUUGUUGUGAGUGCAGCUAAGACUGUCGUCUAAUCCCACUGCCAUGAAUUUAACUUCGGUGUAUUCCACGUGUUGUUAUGUCUUUAAUGGAGUACAGAGACACAUUACGGUAGUGGGACACGAAAGAGACGAGAAUGGAUGGAAUUUUGUUUACAAAUGCAAAGUAUAUUGCCUUAAUACCUAAAAUUAAAAACAACCUAUGGUAAACAUAUGCAGCAUAUGAUAUGCUGCUUGAGGGACAGCAGUGGAAAACAAUCCAUUGUGACAUAUCAGUUCAUGUAAGUCUUCCUAUGGAUUCUUGCGAGUAAACCCAUAUUGUUGUUGUUGUUGUUGCGCAACACAACACUUUCACUUUGACAACCUCACAGACGGACUGACGCACCGAAUGACACGUUUGAAGUGAUGACAGUUUUUGCAGUGUAUUGUGUGACGACCCUCCCCCGCUGCAGCUGGGUUACCUGGCCUGGAAGGGCUUCCUGGUGGGAGGAGCUACCAGGAGAGAAUAAAAGGAAGCACCAAGGGGAGUCUCUCUCUCUCUCCCUACCAUACUGCACCAGCCUCAGCAUGUGCUUCUGUUAGAGUUGUAUUGCUACAAUAAAUGGUUUGUUUUAAAGAUCUAUGUGUGGCCUCCCUUUUUGUUACCAGCCGUGAGCCUGGUGGUAACAAUUGCCAUUAAACGUGCUCCUGUAUCCUC